UGUAAAAUGUUCAUACUUCAGGUUGUUAUUCUGGCUUCGGUUUUGUCUUAUGGAUGUGCACAAAUACACCUGAGACAAGCUCAGUUGUCAGUUACCAGGGCAAUAGAUAAAACUGCACGUAUAGACUGUGAAGCUUCAGGCAUUCAGAACUUCGGGAGUGCUUUUAUACACUGGUAUCGACACAGACCUGGAGAAGCUCCGGAAUGGAUACUCUACUUUAAGACACAAGCUGAUAAAUCAAGUUUUGACGAGAAAAAGUUUAGGGUUGAGAAGACAACUGAAAAGUCCACCUGUACCCUAAGAGUAGACAAACUAACCUACAAUGACAUGGCUACCUAUUACUGUGCCUAUUGGGAUCGCACAAUUACCACAGCUUAUUGUAAAACGAAAAGUCAACGUGAUUCUUCAAGCUGGAUCAAGUACUUUGGCACAGGAACCAAACUAGUUGUUUCUGACACACCAGCAAAACUUGAUUCCACCAAGAUUCAGGUCCUACCUCUUUCUACUGAACAAGAUGGGAAAGUAUCAUACAUGUGCCUCAUUCAGGAUUUUUAUCCAAAUGUUAUUAAGGUGACUUGGAAAGAUGAGGAGAAGAAGAAUGCAGAGAACAAUGCAGUGCACGAGGAAAUUUGGCCCCCUGGUGACGAUAACACAUCAUACUCAAUAAGCAGCUGGCUGACCAUAGAUAAAAAUAGCAACAAGAAUUAUAACUGCAACUAUCAACAUGAAUUCAAUGCAAAUUCUAUCUCUAUCAAAUCUCCAGACAAACAUGUAGUGUCUCAAACCAUAGGAAGUUGUAUCAACAAACCUGAAAAUGGCACCACGCUUUCCACAGAUAUUACAGAGCAUUUCAUGCACAGGACCGCCUAUUUAAUAUACAUUGUCCUACUCCUGAAAAGCACCAUGUACUACGUCAUCGUACUCUUCUUCAUAUACAGGAUGCAAAGUCCAAUCAAACAUCGGGGGAACAUGUCUUGGGCAGAUUUUGUAGUAACUUGCAACACUGUGGGAGCUGUGAAAAUCUUUGGAACUGGCACAAAACUUGUCGUAACUAAUAUACAAGCAAAACUUGAUUCCACCAAGAUUCAGGUCCUACCUCUUUCUACUGAACAAGAUGGGAAAGUAUCAUACAUGUGCCUCAUUGAGGAUUUUUACCCAAAUGUUAUUAAAGUGACUUGGGAAGAUGAGAAGAAGAAUGCAGAGAAAAAUGCAGUGCACGAGGAAAUUUGGCCCCCUGGUGACAAUCAACAAUCAUACUCAAUGAGCAGCUGGCUGACCGUAGAUAAAAAUAGCAACAAGAAUUAUCACUGCAACUAUCAACAUGAAAAAGAUACUGGUUCUGUCCCUAUCAAAUCUCCAGACACCUUUUCAGACACAACUGUAAUGCCUCAAACCACAAGAGGUUGUAUCAAGAAUGCUGAGAAUGGCACCAUGCUUUCCACAGAUAUUACAGACAGUUUCAUACACAGGACAGCAUAUUUUAUAUACAUUGUCCUUCUCCUGAAAAGCACCAUGUACUACGUCAUCGUACUCUUCUUCAUAUACAGGAUGCAAAGUCCAAUCAAGCGCCAGGGAAAGAAACCUUAAACUUCUCCGUACACCUUCCGAAGUCAGCAUUUGUGUCUGCAAUUUACUUUGCUUUGCCAUAAGCCUGUUCAUAGAAACUAAGGUCACCAGAUAGCAAGUGUGAAAAAUUGGGAUGGAGAUGGGGGGUAACAGGCGUCUAUAUAAGGGAAAAAACCCAAAUAUCGGGACUGUUCCUAUAAAAUCGGGACAUCCGGUCACCCUCUUUAAAACACCUUGCUCCAAAUAUUAAGACAUGCAUUUCUAUUUGAUUUUGUUGGCUAUUUCUCUAAAUAGCACAGAUGGCUUCUUCUGCUUGAGAGCGAACAGUUUUAUAUGUGACCAUAUUUCCUAUUAUAUUAUUUUAGUUUUGUAACUGUGGAACUUCAAGGGCUGAGGCUACACUUCUUGAUUUCAAUGGGAAUUUUGCAUCACAAAGUAGUGCAGAAUCAGUCUCUUAGGCUCUUAUCUGCAAAAACACUUUUUGGAUGUGGAUAGGCCAACUGCAUUCAGUGAAGUCAAUGGGAAAACUCGUCCCAUAAAUAUUUGCAGGGGUGGAGUCCUAAUCUGUAACUUACAAUGAUUUGUCAUUUCAUUUCUACUAAUUACACUUAUUUGCCUUAUAAAAUAAAAACAGGCUUCUGAAAUAUGACGAAUUUUUUUUA